GUGGAUGGAGGUUUUCUGUCUUUUUGAACCAUGUCAACACGCGCAGAAAUAUGGAUAAUAAGUGGCCGUGUACGCGUAGGUUGGAGUCCAGUCCUCUCGAUCUGAAGGCGAUGACCACAAUCUCGGUGUGAAAGAGCACGAAAGCACGUGGUAAGGUGCGUCCCCUUUAUAAAGCUCCCUUUCUGUCCAGCCAGCCGCCAGGAGAUGGUGCGCGCUGGCACGCGGCACUGGCGUUUUCCACAAGAGGGGAUGGAGAAGCGCGCUAACGCUCUUUCCGUCGCGCCGAAGGGAAAAUAACUUCUUUGCUUCGUUCGUUCCGUUCUUGUCUCUCCGCGUCUUUCUCAGCCUCCGGACGUGUUCGCGCUCGCUGCACUGUUAAGUUUUCUCUCCGUCAGAAUAGAACGCGCGCGCUCGGAUCAAACACAACUCGACAGGCGGUGGAGAUGCGCGGCGGCGCACGAGAGGAUCGUGCCCAGUUUUGAAGCGCAGCGCGUGAGGCGCGCUCACGGUUUACACAGCAGGGUUUUUGGGCGCUUGGAUGCGGUGGAGGUGCGCUGACCCGCAUAUCCUCACGCUAUUCGCUCCUCGCAGAAUUGAACUUCAGAUGGCCGUGACUGUGACUCUUCGGCUUGCGGUGUGAUCAUAUACGCGAGCUGUUCUUCGUUUCCAGGAAUUUUUCAAAGCCAUUUAGCAGCUUCUCGGUGCUGUCACGCCAAAUGGAUAUCCAGACACAAAGAUCUAUGACUAAUGAACCUAGUAUACCUUAAACUUUUCACGUCAAACGUUUAUGUGAAAGUGAUCUGGCGAUAGGCUACAAAAUGCAUUUAUCGUCUCCUUUUCUUUAAUACGUCUGCUUAAUUCAGCAAACACAAACUUUAUUAUAGCUCGAAAACUAUUUUUUGAAAACUGUGGAGGAACACAGCCAUCCUCCCCCGAAAAUGAACCUCUUCGUAGUGAGUCUUCUCCUGAGCCUGGAUCUAGUGGCCGUGGCGCUCGGCUUGUCCACGUGCAGCACCUUAGACAUGGACCAGUUCAUGAAGAAGCGCAUCGAGGCGAUCCGCGGCCAGAUCCUAAGCAAGCUGAAGCUCAGUAAGCCGCCAGAGGAGUUCCCGGAGCCUGAAGACGUGUCCCGGGAUAUCAUCGCCAUCUACAACAGCACCCGCGACCUGCUGCAGGAGAAGGCCAACGAGCGCGCCGCCACCUGUGAGCGCCAGCGGAGCGAGGAGGAGUAUUACGCCAAAGAGGUGCACAAGAUCGACAUGCAGCCCUUCUACCCCUCUGAGAACGUCAUCUCUCCGACCUUCUACAAUCCCUACUUCAGACGGCUCAGGUUUGACGUCAGCUCCAUGGAGAAGAACGCCUCCAACCUGGUGAAGGCCGAGCUGAGGAUUUUCAGGCUGCAGAACCCAAAGGCCCGUGUGUCUGAGCAGCGCAUUGAGCUUUAUCAGAUCCUGGGACAUAAGGACCUCACAUCGCCCACACAGCGCUACAUUGACAGCAAAGUGGUGCGCACUCGUACAGAGGGCGAGUGGCUCUCCUUUGACGUAACCGAAGCGGUCAGCGAAUGGCUACUGCACAGAGACAGAAACAAUGGAUUCAAGAUCAGUCUGCACUGUCCUUGCUGCACAUUUGUGCCAUCAAAUAAUUACAUCAUCCCAAACAAGAGUGAGGAGCUGGAGGCCCGCUUUGCAGGGAUUGAUGAUAGUUUCAGCCGCCGUCACAGUGGCCAGUCUCCACACUUGCUGCUCAUGUUGCUCCCAUCCUACCGCCUGGAGUCCCAGCACAAGAGCCACAGACAAAAACGAGCCCUGGAUGCUGCUUUCUGCUCCAGGAACGUUCAGGACAACUGCUGUCUGCGCUCACUAUACAUUGAUUUCAAGAAGGACCUGGGAUGGAAAUGGAUCCAUGAGCCAAAAGGUUACAAUGCCAACUUCUGUGCUGGAGCGUGUCCUUAUCUCUGGAGUGCAGACACCCAACACACUAAGGUCCUUGGUCUAUAUAACACCAUUAAUCCAGAAGCAUCGGCCUCUCCAUGCUGCGUGUCCCAAGACCUGGAACCUCUUACCAUCCUUUACUUCAUUGGCAAGACCCCCAAAAUUGAGCAGCUUUCCAAUAUGAUUGUAAAGUCCUGCAAAUGCAGCUAGGAACUGGCUAAAGCUGCACACAUGCACGCACACACACACACACACACACACACAGCACAUACACUAUAAAUUUUAAUGCAGUCACGAACUGUCUCAUUCACACAGGUAUAGAAAUUGCUGUGCAGGCCGGGAACAGAAUUGUACAUUUCCUUCAACCAGCAUAUGUAUUUGUUCAAAUUGAGCACACAAAGGCGCACAUGCAGAGUUUGCACUUAAGUGUGCGCAUACAUGUUUGUGUGUGUAUGUGUGCUGGGGGAAAAAAUGGCCCUUUUAGUACAUCUCAUCUCACACACUCAUCACACCAGGACGUGAGUAUGGCAAACACUGGAAGUACAUGAUAAAGUGUCUACAUGUGAAGUAGUAGAAAAGAGAAUCCCUCAUUUCAGCAAACAGUUACAGCAAACCCUGUCUCUUUCUUUUCUUUCUUUACCUAUACAUCCCUCAAAACUGUAGUAACAUUUGUUUUGCGUUAUUUUUAAAGCUGGUUUUGAUUCUUGGAAAUUGUUGAAGACCUCACUUAUUUAAUGUCAACGGGGCCUGUUAGUGACUUUCCUGGCUAAGACAAGACAAGAGGAACGGGAAAGGGAAAGGUGAAGAGAUUUUGUGAUAUGGAAAGACACCAAGGGACUGAAAAUAGUUUAGCUAAAUUCCAUUGCAGAUGAACAAGAGGUGAACAAGCUACUUCCAAAAAACCAAGCAUGUGAGUGACUGUGAGUUUGGAAAGCAGCAGGUGUGAAGUCUGCCUCAUGAUAUGCCCAGAGUUAGGGAUUUGCUAUAAAACGAUGCUUUUUGAACUUGGAAAGUGUAACGUCUGAGACGCUGUGAAUCAUGCAGUUAAACCGAAAAGGUUGCCUUUCUCUUUAUCAUUUGUAAUGCUGAGUGAUCAUGAUUACACACUACAGAACAUAUUAUAUACUACAGAACAUCUGUCAUGAUUACAAAAAAAAAAAAAAACUUUCAUGUACAUGCACUUCCACACAUUCAUCCUAAAAGGCAGGAUUUUUACGAGGCACAAAAGAAACAUAAAAGUGUUUACUUUAGGGACUUAUAAUGAAGGAACUUAAGAGUUCCUAUAAAACCAAUCGUGCUGAUCAGGUACAGUCGUGUCAA